AUGAACAAUAAACGAAUAUCAAAAGAAAUAAAAGUUAGAUUGAAUAAAGUUUGUUGUCUUUUAAAAGAAAUUGAGGACAUUUUAUGCAAGAAUGAAAAUGAGGAUCAAAUGGGUCAAUUAUCAAAAUAUGACUAUUCAUGCACUUGUGUUUGUGGAAAACAAUCUGUACCUGAAGUAUUAGAAAAAGUAUCCAACCACAGCAAAGAUGACGAUAGUAAAAAAUGCGAGAAAAUGCAUAAACCAUGUUUCAAAAAACAUAUAAAAUGUAAAGAUUUAGAUAGAGAAAAAAUGUCUUCUGUUAUAAAUGACAUUAGUCCAUGUUGUCAGAAUAAUUAUGAAAAAAAUCAUAAAAAAGAUGACUUAAAAUCCCCAAACAAUAUAUGUUGUAAUAAAAAAAAUUAUAAUAAUAAUACACAAAAUGAUUGUAAGCAUGAACUGUUUAAAAACGAAAUAAAUUAUAUUAAACAAAAGUAUAUGUCAUAUUUCGAUGAAAUCGAUAAAAAUGAUCCAAACACUGCAGUUUGUUCAACAAUUAAUUCAAAAAAGACACCA